UGCAAUAUGUUUGAUACGGAUAAGUUCAUACAGUGCGUGCAGGAGUAUUCAGCUAUAUGGGAGAAGGCGUCGAAAGAGUAUAGUGACAGGAAUGAAAAGGAAAAGAGCUGGCGGAGUGUCGGUGAAGUAAUGUUCGAUAUGUGGGAAGCAAUGGCAGAGGCCGAAAAGCAGGAACAAGUUGAAAACUCUUCUGCGAGGAUCCAAUUGACGAAAAGGAAAUGGGCGCAAAAGAUUCGUAUGAAUUUUGAAGGCCUCAUCUCCGACAAAAACAAAAUUGUUGGUUGUGGUUCAGUGUCUCUAUAUAAAAUUCGUACUGCAAACCAGCAAAGUUGUUGCCAGUUGCUAAAUAUCGGAAAAGAAGCAAAAUGUACCAUCACAUAUUUUUCAAUUGCAGUGAAAGAGAUGAGGAAUAAAUGGCGCCACAUUAGGGACAGCUAUUCUAAAUAUAUAAAUCAAGGUGUAUCAGGAGAUCCGGCGCCAAAGAAAAGGAAAUAUGUAUACGCAGAUGCUCUAUCUUUCCUACAGCAAACCAUCGAGAAAAGAAGCUGGCUACACCAGGUAGCUGUUGUACUGUGUAGAACUACGGGCAGCAUGCCUCGUGUGUCUGAUGAGGAGGGCGAGGGCGAAGGAGAUGGUGACAGUUCCCAAGAAAAUCCUCCGGAUAUCGACAAUGUGGCAUCCCAACAAACUCCCCAACAAUACCGGCCCAAACCGGGAAAAUCGGCCAGGGGCCGUAAAACAGCGCCAGCUAUGACGCCAUUCCAAACGCAACUUCUUUCGUCAUUGGGGACAGCAAAAAGCGUCGAAGACGAUACCGACAGAGCGUUUCUGCUGUCUUUGCUGCCGGAUUACCGUCAACUUAAUGCGGAGGAGAAGUUGGAUUUCCGGCUGCAAAGUCUGCAGUUCUUCUGUAAUGUCCGCAAUAAACGAAGCCAACCACACAUGCCUCAACAGCCCACCACAUCAUAUCGACAGAAUAUCAACUACAAUACGAAUCCCAUUUCGCUACCACACACCAACCUCAACAAUAUUUGCAUGCACUGAGAAACACGAACUCGUUGGGAUAACAACGUCCAAGCCUCAUCGCCCCCAGAAUCUCAAACUCCAACGCCCCUGCCAUCUCCUUCUUACUCACAUUCUGCCCAUUCCUCUGAUUUUCUUUAAUGCACAAGUUACAUACUUUCUCUUUGUAUUAUAUAGAUAUCUAACUUAAACUUAAUAAACUAUUUUCUUACCUGAGUGUAAUUGUCAGUCUUUCCUCUGCAGAUAUCGGGUUCUUCCAUGUUGUUUCUUGUUUAGUUAUAUAUGGGCGGACAGCAUUUAAUAGCUCGUCAAAGGAAUUAAUAGACAUCCGAUAGUAUCCAAAAAAUUUCUCUUCAUAUUUUUUUCAGAAUAUCGUCUUGU